AUGUGGAUAAACACCCAUUCGACGCUAUCCAUUCUUUUCUUCGACCUUGCUCAAGCCAAGUACAUCGUGCCCGGUGGGCGAUGGCACGACACCGACGGCAAUUUGAUAAACGCCCAUGCCGGCGGUGUCACCGUUGACAGAGAGGGCAAGUUCUGGUGGUUUGCCCUCCAGCUCAUUCCUAACUGCCCCUUCAUCUCCCCGAAAACCAUCAUCCAGCGGCCAAAGGUGAUCUACAGCAAGGAGCUCGACAAAUAUGAGAUGUGGUGGCAUGCAGACAAUUCCGCGUACGGCCCCAUCCUCCAAGGAUUGGCCACCUCAGACACCAUCAGCGGACCAUACACGUUCGUCGACGUAACCGCUCCUCUCGGAAACUGGUCUCAAGACUUUGGAAUCUUCAUUGAUUACAAAGACGGCCAUUCCUACUCCCUCUACUCAAACGGAGACCGCAAGGAAGGGCGGGAUGUUUACAUCAGGUUGAUCAACGAGACUGGCACCGGCCUCGAUGAGGUGGUUCACCGUUUUGACAAAUUCGAUCUUGAGGCACCCACGAUCAUUCAGACGGACAACAGCUACUAUGCGUUGAUGAGCCACAAGACCAGCUACCGUCCAAACAAUGUCGUUGCUUUCCACAUCAAGUGGCUGAGUUAG